AUGAGUUUAAGGGAAGAUUUACAUGAUGAAAUGAGAGUCGAAGAAAUGAUUGCCACAGAUCAAAAACAGCUAGAAGAUAUCAUUCAGUGGGGAAGGCAUCCAACGGAGAGAAAGGUUUCUCAUGCUUUUUGUGCAGCAAUGAAUUUGCAUCAUCUUCACUUUUGGCCAAACAUAUUCUUCAACAUGGUCAUGAUAGAGCAACUGGACAAUGGAAAUGUUAUUUCACCUGUUCGAUUUUCAUCUGUUGUGUCAUCCUAUGAACGAGGAAGAAGCCGGCAUUCUGUUUCAUCUGUUGAUCAGCAAGACUUUGUUAGUCUUAAUUUGAACUCAAAAACUGCUCUUGAUUAUAUGCAGUCUUCUGGAAGACCUUUUAAAUGUGACCAAUGUGGUUCCUUAAAAUAUGGAUCAGCAAACUUCACAACAACAGAUUCUGAAACACAAAGAGAAUCAAAAAAUUUAUCUUGGGAUGCCAAUCAUAGCAUUCAAGAGCAUGUGACCGAUUUCAACAAUGAAGUAGAUGAAAAUCAAAUCAGCAUAUUAGUUCCAAACAAGCCUUUUAAGUGUUCAUAUUGUGGGAAAAAUUUCCGCUUUAAACAUGACAUGCGACGUCAUUUUUUAAUUCAUACUGGCGAAAAACCCUUUGUUUGCAAUGUAUGCCAUAAGUCUUUUAGACAAUCUGCUCAUUUACGUGGUCACAAACAGACCCACUAUAAAAUGGUGUUUUUAUUUACAUUGCGUAUGAUUUUUGAUGUAGUUAUUUUGGUUCUAGGAAGAAAAGGUAGAAGACCUCUUUCAUUGAUGUUUGCUGAACCUGAUGAUGAGAAUGGUGUGCAGUAUCGCUUCCAAUGUAGUUUAUGUUCAUACCGCACAAACAAUCGAGGACAUUUUCUUGAACAUGAGGUCAUACAUACUGGAGAGCGGCGCUUUGUUUGUCCCGUGUGUCAAAAAGGAUUUACUACCAAAAGUAACCUGCAAAGACACUGCUUGUUUAUGCACUGCAAUCAAAUUCAAGCGGAAGUUGAUGUAUAGCUUAUUUUACUUCUGCCACCUUCACCGCUGACUCUUAUAAUGAUUCAAGAACACUACUUCUUGCAAACAAACGAAAAGAUGGGACUUUCUUUUGUGAAUAUUGUGAUUACCGAACUAGAGUGUCUACUCACUUGUAUGAUCAUGUAAGGACACAUACUGGGGAACGUCCAUAUUCUUGCCCUACUUGUCAUCGAAGUUUCUCUGUGAAAAGUAGCAUGUUGAGGCAUUGGAACAAUCACUUUGUCAGUGGACAAAAUGUGUAUAAGUGCAAACUCUGUGCAGUUCCUUUUAAAAGUAAACAUGCAUUGUCUGCACAUUGUAAAUUUCAUCAUAAGUAACUUUAUCAGAUAAUUUUAGUCAUUGUGAUGAAAUUUAUUUAAAAUCAAUAAAAAAAUUGUUUCUGUCAUAUUUGGUACAAUAUUUAUUUCUAACCUUUUGAUGCAUGAUGGUGAAACAUAUGUAGCAGUUGAAAUUUUUAUUGUGCUUAAUACGUUAUGGAAUUAGCUAAAAACUUGGUACUGAAUUUCACAUUUUGUCAACAUUGACUUUUCUUCUGAUUUCUGGUAAUAUUCAAAAUGAAUAGUAUUUAAACUGCUAAAAAAAUGCAGUGAAAAGUUUCCUUCUUUUUAGUUUUAUUUUUGUCUUAAUAUGUAAAAUGUCAAAAUGAAUAGUAAAUGCAGGUUUUUUUUUUUUUUUAACCGCAUUUGCUCAACUAUGUAGGUGCAUGUUUUCAGAUUUUAUUGCAUCAUUUCCCUACUAGCUUUUAAAUACUGUUCAUCUGUCUUUUCACUAAGCUAACUGAAAGAAAUUUUUACUCUUAACUUAAGCCAAAAUUAUUGCAGAGAAUCUAUACUUCUAUGAAUUCAAUGCAAUGUCGAAUGUAUCACAAUUUUGCAUUUUGGUUUUGUUUUGCAUAGUGUGACUA